AUGAAGAGGGAGUCUAAACGCGCGCAUUUGAUUGGUUCAGACGGCUUCUUCCUCCUCCCUCACCCUCCCCCACCCACCUAUGGAGUUGGCAUGAGGGUAGUUCUGCAGCAAGACAUGAACAAGUGGACGACUCUAGCUCUUGUCGGUGUGUUGAUGAUCUGCCUUGCUACAAUACCAAGCAGUCAGGCAUCUUCGUUGGGAGGUCACGGAUCCAGAGGGGGCGUCUCCGACACGACCGCGGAUGGCUUAUCAACGCUUGAAUUCGAGGCUCUGCUGCAGGACUACCUCGAUCAGAUGCGGGAUAUGAAGGAGCUGAUUCAGCGCUACCUCGCCUCCGUCCCAUAUAGUCUCAGCAAACGUGCACAAUUUCUCCGAUUAGGACGCAAGUGA